AUGUUCAUAACAUGGAAGAAAGCCGACCCCAACCAGAAGGUGAAAGACGUAAACCUGACUCUCUCCCUGUAAGUGGCUAAGCGGCACUAAUUUAAACUUUGUAGUACCCAAUAUUACCAACAAAAUGUAACGAACUUUGUAACAUCGCGGCGAUUUCAAAAUAUGUAACACGGAAGAUGACGGGUGUACCGUCGAAACAUGUCUGGUAAAUUAAAGAAAGUUGUUAAUAUGUUUAUGCGGCUAUCUAUAUUAUUGCUGCUAUCUAGACCUUUUGGAUCAAUGACCAAUACCAAGUCAAACACAGAUAGUAUAUGCCUUAGACUCCUAGCUAGUUUUAAAGUGUGACAUUUGACAUCGGUUUACAUGUAGAGCAUGUGUGGACCGUCAAAUUUUCUUAGCAAUGGGGCUCCGCUCCCGCGCUCGUGGAGCUCCGCUUAAAACGUUAUCAAAGUGUUUGAACAUGCUACCAGUCAUACACCACUUCUAUAGCUAUUAUUAUUAGUAACAUUGUUAUUUUUCUGGCUUAUGGCACAUGUCGUACGUCUUGCGUACUACCGACACGGUUUUGGCUAAAGACUUGUGUAAAACUCUGUUACUGCAGGUGCGGAGGAGCCAGUGCACGCGUGAUUCAGCGACGAAUCAUGAGAACGCCGCAUUUUGUUUCGGACUCCAUGCAACAGGCACAAGGGCUGUCGUCAUGGUUAAUUUCUCACUUCGAAGAACUCAAGUCAAAAGCCAGUGAAGUCAGCCAACACUGCAAGCUUAUAGGACUGGAACCUUGGUUUGUUGGUUAGUUUCAAUGUUUUAGAAAUUUCGAUCACUAGAAUUCGCCCAAGAUAAUAAUUCUCAAGAAAUUUUGUUGUUGAAUUACUGGGUUAUUUUUAAUCGUAAACAAGGUCAACGAAAUUACGUUGGUUAUAUAAUAAUCUGUUACAAUUAAAUGGGCCCGGCCGCACUAGGCAAAUUUUAUCUGUCCCACGCUUCCUCUAGACAAAUGACGGCAACCGGCGUGUUUCGCUUCUACAAAAUUUUGUCAAUUAUGAGUUUAUUUUGAAACGCAUUAUCGUCGAACCUAUACCAUGGUAUAAAUGCGAUCUCGCCCAGAUAUCCACUCUAAAAAAGCUGCAUUCUCCAACAGCAGAACAACGUUAAAUAUUGUAGCUGUACGAUUUGUAUUAGAAAAAAAAAUCCGAUAUUUUGGUUGGAACCGUAAACGGUCUGUCGCGUAGUUACUUGAUCACUCCUUGAUUUUCGUUGGAGCUCUACCUUUCGUUCUAUUGUUACGGUUAGGUCGCAAUCUGCUGAUGGAAUUUGUUUACGAUUCUGCUGAUGCCGCUGGACAAAAUGGUGUAACUAUAACCACCUGGCACGCAUGUCAGUGGGCUCUAGAAGAGAUUGCCAAGGAGCAACCGGAUAUCAACAUCAGGGAGUUUUACAUUGACACUAAGUUUAGUGGCGAUAAAAAUGCGGUAGCAAAAAAUUACAUAAAAGGUCGUGGACUUGAAGUUCAAGCUGAAGCUUAUGUCACGGAGUCUGUCCUGCAAAAUGUCUUGAAGGUACCUAGCAUAAUUUAUUUUACUCUAGAGGGUGUUGUUUGGGAUAACUAGUCGCUCACCGUUGUAGUUAGUAUAUAUUAUAGAAUCUGAGUGGGAUAUGGAAUGUACACUAGUAUUCUGUCCCUCCGUCAAUAAAAACUGCUUUGCAAACUGAACGAGAUGAAUAAACUCGAUAUAUAAAUUUUAUCAUUCUAUUGAAUGUGUGUAUAGAUAUGGCGCUGUAGAAGUUAAUGAAUUUAUUGUUAUCAGUUAAUAAAAACGAUUAUCGUCAAAUAGACCUCUUUAGCUCGUAUGUUUUGGUUUCCCAGUGCAGGUCAUCUACAGAACUGUUACUUUCAAAUGUUGCUUUUUUCACGUGCAUAUUUACGCAUAAUUUAUGAGAAGAUAAAGGGUCAAAUUCUCCUGGGACUUUCAUUGGGAAAACAAAACUGAGGCGUGCAAGAUCUCUGUAUCAAAACGAGGUUAAGUGCUCAGCCUUUGAUAUGGAAAUAAUUUUUCAUUCUUAUGUAAAUAAAACUCAUUUUCACAAGAAAGGUUGUGCACUUGGCCUCAUUUCGAAAGUGAGGGUUUUUGGAACUCGGAAGUGGCAUAUUAGUUGUUGUCCGGUCAUCACAGAGUUCAGGGUUCAAUUCCAUGUCAAGCUUGGUUUUUGAGGUUCGCCCCAUGUAAGGCUAUCCGAGCCUUGGAUUCUGUAUUCCACGCCGUGAUUCCAGAUUCCAGGUACUGGAUUCUGGAGUCAGUGGAAAUUGGAUUCCGGAUUCUGAUUGUUAGUUGGAUUCCUGAUUCCAAAGCCUAGGAUUCCGGUUCCACAACUCAAAUUUCCCAGAUCUGUGAUUCCACAAGACAAAAAUUUUAUCGGAAUCCGGUUUUCCUUACAUCGGGCGAAAUGGUCUUGUUCAACCGCUUUGAAUGGUUGUUCAUUCAGCUGUAAGGAUUACGUUUACGUUUAGUUCUCUUUCUCUUUAUCCACAGUAUAUACAUUUGAUUUUUUUAGUCAUAUAUUCUGAGUUAACACUGUAAGCCCUUUAGCUUUGUAGCUAGUCAUUCACGUGGUGCAAAACCACCAUGCUGUGCAAGGGGUGCACUUGGGCAGGAGAAACAAAGAGCUCACACCAUUUAACAAGGUAAUUUCCCUUGUUUGUCUUCUUCCAGUGCGUUCUUUGCUCUCCAGUAUGGCGGUUUUGUCACAUGUGAGUGACUAUAGUUGCAAAGGUCCUAUUAUCAUCAUUUAUGUGUUUUUCGUUUUCAUUUAAGGUAGAUUCAUCUACAUUGUACAAGGCUUUCCACGCUCUUCAAAUGGCAGCACAGAGAUCUGGCUCGUACGGUGUUAAUCAGUGUGUCAGUAAUACAAUUGCGGGCAUUUCUGCUGCCACAGGACAGGAUUUGGCGUCUGUCCAUGAGAGUUCCUGGGCUGUCUUUGACGUAACAGUGGAAAGAAACAUAAAAGUUGCAGGUGAAAGGCUUUCAAUAUGAUAAACAAAAUCCACAAAAAUGUUCACGUAGGACAUGGUUAACAUGAUUUAGUUUAAUUACAUUGAUGAUUAUCAAAAAAAUAGAGCGCUAUGAUUGGCUAGGAGCUUCGCUUCAUCCCGCUAUAAUCACCGCGCGGUGAUUAUAACAUUGAAAGCUAGCAGUUUUCAAAAUGGCAGCCAGAUUUUGUUGAUGUUUCGGAGUCGGAAAUUGAUCAAUAAUUUUAUUUUCUCGAAUAAUCAUCAAUGUAAUUAUACUAAAACAAUAAGUCGCCUCAGGCGACGUGAAUAUCGGCGAAUAGAGACUUUGGAAAAUGUGGCAAUAGCGAGUACAAUAGACCUUAUUCACAAUACCCGCCAAUUUUGCACGCGCUUUAGGAUUGACGGGAUAAACGCGAUCUUAGCGUAUUUUAAUUGCAGUCUAAAAUGUAGAUCAUUUUAAUGAAUGUGUAAAAAAAUCGUCACUAAUCCGCGCUCUCUUUUCCUAGCAGGUGUAGAGUCAAAUGAGGAAUACGAACCUGGAAUAUACGCCAGCCUUGUUAUCCCUGUACUUCUUAUUGGAACCGUUGGAGGUGGAACAGGGACACCAACCGCAAAAGAAUCUCUAAACAUGAUAGGCUGUUUUGGAAAGGUAGGAAUCCUUUAUUUCUGGUUAUCUAUCAAUUCAUAGGAAUUCAGCGUAAAUAGAAUUGCCUGAACAAUCUGAGAAAAGAAAAAAUUGGCUCAAAUAAAACCAUUCUUUAUCUCCUUACAGGGUCGUAUCUAUCGAUUUGCGGAAAUAAUUGCUUCAUUUGCGCUGGCCAUGGAACUCUCCACUCUAUCAGCUAUAGCCAGUGGCCAAUUUGCAAGUGCGCAUAACAGACUUGGAAGGAACAGACCAGAGUAAGCAAAAUAAAAGAAAAAAAGAAUCGUGUGAUCAUAAAACCCAAACCGCUACAUACUUUUUCAAACUCCCCAAGCCAAAAAUAACUGAUUCAAAAUCGGUUUGAUGAUUU